CACAUGCGCAAUUCCUGUUGUGGUUAUUUACUAUCGAACCCGUUUUUCACAAACUCGGGCUUUUGGGUGUCGAAGUAUCAUCAUCUUUUUUUCGGGCAUGGCCCACGAACAAGCCUCCCUCUUACUGAGCAGACAGUUGAAAGAACUGUGCAAAAGCUCAGUAGAUGGAUUUUCAGCCGGUCUGAUCGACGAUGAUGACCUAUACAAAUGGGAAAUAGUGAUUUACGGUCCACCUGAAACUCUAUAUGAAGGUGGAAUGUUCAAAGCUCAUCUCCUGUUCCCUCGAGAAUACCCACACAGGCCACCAAAGAUGAAGUUUGUUUCCAACAUGUGGCAUCCAAACAUCGACCAGGAAGGGAAUGUAUGUAUCUCCAUCCUGCACGAGCCGGGCGACGACAAGUACGGCUACGAGAAGGCAGCGGAGCGGUGGCUCCCCGUGCACACGGUGGAGACCAUCUGCAUCAGCGUCAUCUCCAUGCUGGCCGACCCCAACGACGAAUCUCCCGCCAAUGUCGACGCUGCGAAAAUGUGGAGAGAAAACUUUGAGGAAUUCAAGAAGAAGGUGACACGGACGGUGCGGAGAAGUGUUGAAGAGUUAUGAUGGCCUUUCUUAUGUGCUUUAAAUUGGUACCUCCUCACCGAGAUGAGAAACCAGUGGAUCGGCAGCAUCGUCUGAGGACAAAUGGAAAAACUAAAAAGUGCAAACAUUUAACUUGACAUACAGAGUGAAACAUUGGAUGCGUUCUCAUAUAUAUGUAUGUAUGCGUAUGAAAGGUUUUGGUAAUUCGGAAAUUUUAUGCAUAUAUAUAGGUACAUGUAUGUGUGAGCCAGUGUGUGUGUGUGUGUAUGAUUGUGUGUUGUUGUGUAGGAAAGGUGUGACCUUGAUAUAAUAAACGAAGAAACACGAAAACAA